AUGUCUAUGGUUUCUGGUGGAGACACGCCACUGCUUCCCCACCCCAAAAACACAUUCACGCUCAAAAUCGGGCUAAUAGGCGACGCGCAGGUAGGUAAGACGUCGCUGAUGGUCAAGUACGUGGAAAACGUGUUUGACGAGGAGUACACGCAGACGCUUGGCGUCAACUGCCUCAGCAAGAAGAUUACGUUGGGAUCUGCGGAUAUCCUGUUCUACAUAAUGGACCUGGGCGGGCAGCGUGAGUUCAUUAACAUGCUGCCGCUCGCGUCCGAGGGCGCCAAGGCGAUUAUCUUUCUUUUCGACCUCACACGGCCUGAGACGCUCAAAUCCAUCAAGGAAUGGCACCGCCAGGCCACGGGCUUCAACGAGCAGGCGGUCCCGCUGCUCGUGGGCACCAAGUACGACCUGUUCGUCAACCUGGACCCGGAAUACCAAGCUCAGAUCUCCAAGCAAAGCAUGCGCUAUGCGCAGGCCAUGGACGCUCCCCUGAUAUUCUGCUCUACGUCGCACUCGAUCAACGUACAAAAAAUAUUCAAAAUCGUCAUUGCAAAGCUCUACAAUCUCACCAUGCGUGCGUCAGAGAUCAAACAGAUAGGCGAUCCGCUUCUCAUAUACAAAUAUCUGGGUAGCUCGCGCAGGCCCGCUUCUGGAUCGUCUACCUCAUCCAGCGCCUCCUGA